GUACGCAAUUUACGCUCUGCGGUAUGAUGGAAUUCAAACAAGGAGCAUGGCUUUCUUUGGCUGGAUGCGCACUUCUUCUUUGUUUUGUUCUGUGCUGUUGUCUCCUUCGAAAACGGAAAAAGUUUCUGACAGUUCCUACAAAUGUGGUAGUGGUCCAUCACUUCUUUGGAAGAGGGUUGAUGGUUCCCAGCAAGUCGCCAUUCCCAAUGAAGCUUGAGACGUUUCUACGCAUGACCAAAACACCAUAUAUGAAUGACCACAGCGGGAGAAUGUCCAAGAAAGGUAAAACACCAUGGAUCAAAUUCAAUGAUACAGAAGUUGCGGAUUCCCAAUUCUGUAUAGAUUUCCUGAAAAAGAAAAACGGCAUCGACCUGAAUACAGAACUAAGUUCCCGGCAGAAAAGCGUAGCCAGGGCGUUCUUGAAACUGAUUGAAGAAAACUUUUACUGGACGCUAUGUAUCGAACUGUUCUGUAAUCAAGACAACAUACCAGUGUUGAAAAGUUCAGCUCCAUUUAAGGGAUUUGGCUUUUGGCUGUAUUAUUGGUUUGUGAGACGUGCCAUAAAAAACGCCACCUGGGGACACGGAAUUGGACGCCACAGUGUGGAGGAAGUCUGGAGCAUAGGUCAAGCUGAUAUCGAGGCUCUGUCUAACUAUCUGGGUGAUAAGAAAUAUUUCAUGGGAGACAACCCCAGUGAAAUAGACUGCUCUCUAUUCGGAAUGCUGACAUUUCUUCUGGUUAGCAUGCAGGGGACACGAUAUGAAAGUUUUACCAAAGAGAACCAUCCCAAUCUUGUGAGUUAUUUCCAUAGAAUGAAGUCCACCUACUGGCCAGACUGGGACAACUUGACCACAGCCAGCGAUAAGUUUACCGAUGACCAUGGCAAAAUUUAUUUUUCUGAAAAUAUUCCCAAAUGAAACAGUGCUGGCAAACCAAUUACAAAAUACUAGUAGUAUAUGUCUCAUUUAUGAGAAGAAAAAGAGAAAUUCAAUAUAUUUUUGUA